UUGCCCCUCGUGUUCGAAAAGCCUAAAUUCUAAAAAAAAAAAAAAGUGUAAUAAAUUUUUGUACUAAAUCAUUAAAAAUUGCUUGAAUAAAAACAGACAUCUCUGCAAACAUAAUUGGCUUUUCUCGAAGCACCGCAAACGCAGAGAGAGAGAGAGAGAGAGAGAGAGAGAGGAAGGGAGGAGGGAGGUGAAGCUAAGUAGCUAAACAGUAAUACUGGGGGGUUGCAUAGAUAAGCAAAGUAGUUCCUUUUUUGUGAUUUCAAUGGUGCGCUUGUAUCAUUGAAUCUCGGGCUCGUGCUAACGUACGCCUCGGGCUUGCAAAAUUAUUGAAUCUUUUCGAGUUUUGCUCACUUGGAGGUUGUUGGAAAUUUGCAAUGGGUGGUGCCGGGUUUAGCGGUGGCCACCGGGGGAGAAGCGUGAAGGUGGCGGUGUUCUUAGCUUGUUUAUGGGGUUUUAUGUCUCUAUCUUGCGCCGGGAGACUGUCUCCUUCGAGACAGAAGCUUGAAGUUCGGAAGCACCUGAAAAGACUCAAUAAACCUGCCGCUAAAUCCAUUGAGAGCCCAGAUGGGGAUGUUAUUGACUGUGUGCCUAUCUCAAACCAACCAGCUUUUGAUCACCCUUUUCUCAAAGACCACAAAAUCCAGACAAGACCUAGUUUUCACCCAGAAGGACUGUUUGGUGACAACAAGAUGUCGUCUGGGUCGAAACAAAGAGCAAAUCCAAUAACUCAGCUGUGGCAUAUGAAUGGGAAAUGCAGUGAGGGUACCAUUCCUAUUAGGAGAACUAAGAAAGAAGAUGUAUUGAGGGCAAGCUCUGUGAAAAGAUAUGGAAAAAAGAAGCACAAAAGUAUCCCCAAGCCAAGGUCAGCGGAUCCUGACUUCAUCAACGAAAGUGGUCAUCAGCACGCGAUAGCUUAUGUGGAAGGGGACAAGUAUUUUGGAGCAAAGGCUACUAUUAAUGUUUGGGAGCCCAAAAUACAACAACCUAAUGAGUUCAGCUUGUCCCAAGUUUGGGUCUUAGGCGGUUCUUUUGGUGAAGAUCUUAACAGCAUCGAAGCUGGUUGGCAGGUCAGUCCAGAUCUCUAUGGAGACAACAACACUAGACUGUUCACUUAUUGGACUAGUGAUGCAUAUCAAGCCACUGGUUGCUACAAUCUUCUCUGCUCGGGCUUCAUUCAAGUCAAUAAUGAAAUAGCAAUGGGGGCCAGUAUCUCUCCUGUUUCUGCAUUUCGGAAUUCACAAUAUGAUAUUAGCAUUCUUAUCUGGAAGGAUCCGAAAGAGGGACAUUGGUGGAUGCAGUUUGGUAACGACUAUGUAUUGGGGUACUGGCCGUCUUUCUUGUUCUCCUACUUAGCCGACAGCGCCUCCAUGAUUGAGUGGGGCGGGGAGGUAGUGAACUCGGAGCCUGAUGGGAAGCACACCUCGACUCAAAUGGGCAGCGGCCAUUUCCCGGAAGAAGGUUUUGGCAAGUCGAGCUAUUUCAGGAACGUUCAAGUUGUGGACAGUUCCAACAACCUUAAAGCCCCAAAAGAUCUUGGCACAUUCACUGAGCAAUCCAACUGCUACGAUAUCCAAACCGGCAGCAACAGCGACUGGGGAAGGUACUUUUACUAUGGUGGCCCUGGCAGGAACCCUAAUUGCUCAUAAGCAAGCUAUAACACAAGAUAAAAAGAAAAAUGGAAAUCCAAAGAAGAAAAGGAAAAAAAGGAAAGAGUCUUUGAAUCACUGUAUUAUUCAAUGUAGUCCUAAGUCCUCUCUCUAUUGACACCCACCCUUUGUUUUCUUGUUUUAGUUUUUGUUAGGUUUUAUUGAGUAAAUGAAACAUGUUUUUGGUGGGAACUUUUUGACCCUUUUUUAUGUGUUGUAGGUUUCUCCCUCUAUGUAAGUGUGUGUAUUGGGGGAAGUGGGCUCUAGUUUCUUGAAAAGCUUGUAAGAAACUGGCCAUUUGUCAUUUUGUCUUUCUAGCUAGUUUUUAUUACUAUUUCUUUGCA